CCACUCGCACAGUCUAAUUCAGUUUUAUUUUUGUCAUCGCACGUUUAGUUGUGUAUUUCAAACAAACAUUAUUAAAGCAUUUUAUCAAAUUAUGCCAGUCAUUCAAACAGUUUUAGAUAGAAUUGAACCUAAUUUACUGGGAAGAACUCUUACUCAUGAACAUGUAGCUUUGGAUUUUGCACAUUUUUACUGUUCGCCACCGGACGAUUUUCGAUCCUUCUUAGAUGAAAAAUUACAUUUAGCGAAUUUGGGAUUUAUACGGCAGUACCCGUACUCAUCGUUAGAUAAUUUAUGUUUAAACGAUGAUGCAACUCGCGCAGCUGUUAUUAAAGAUCUGGAAUUGUAUAGAAGACUAGGCGGUAGCUCGAUUGUAGAAAAUACAUCGCACGGUCUGAAGCGAAAUCUGAAAUUCAUGGUUGAAGUAUCUGAGAAGACAGGCGUGAAUGUUAUCGCUGGGACAGGUCAUUACAUAUACGAGUUACAAAAUAGUGGUCACAUGAAUAUGUCUGUUGAACAAAUGGCUGAUCUAUAUUCGAAAGAGAUAACAACUGGCGUCGAAGUUGAUGGGAUUGGCAUGGUAAAAUGCGGUUUUAUUGGGGAAGUAGGCAGCGUAUAUCCUAUACGUGAUUUUGAGAAACGUGCUAUUAAAGCAACCGCUGAAAUUCAAGAGCUGCUCGGCUGUGGUGUCUCGUUUCAUCCAGGUCGCAAUGCUGCGGCGCCUUUCGAAAUAAUACGGUUAUAUUUAGAAGCUGGCGGUAAAGCUAGUAAAUGCGUUAUGUCUCAUUUGGAUCGUACCAUUUUCAAUUUCGAUCAGUUAUUAGAAUUUGCUAAAUUCGGUUGUUAUAUUCAAUAUGAUUUAUUUGGCACGGAAUGCUCUUACUACCAAUUAAACUCCGCUCUAGACAUGCCGUCUGAUGGCCAUCGCAUAAACUAUUUUAUGAAACUGAUUGAUGAGGGUUUGCUUGAACGACUACUCAUGUCGCAUGAUGUACACACAAAACAUCGUCUGACUUCCUUUGGCGGUCAUGGUUAUCAUCAUGUCCAUAUGAACGUAUUACCCCGUAUGUUCGCGAAAGGCUUAACUCCUGAUCAAGCCGAACAAAUCACUGUCGUUAAUCCAACUAACUGGUUACAGCUUAAUAUUUAAAAUUUUCAUGUGUUUAGCAUGUAGCACUCCAUGCUUUGAGGACUUCAAUUAAAAUUAACAAAUAGAUGUAAAAUUGAAAAUUGAUUGUCUUAUGCCAGAUUUUCGAACAUAGGAAAUUCCGUGAGGAUUUUCCAAUAAAAAUCCAUUAAAACGUAUCUUUUUGA